AUGUAUGCUCGCAGUCAGCGCGCAGAGACGCGAAAUCGUGCGAAAGAUGAGCUGAAACGAGUAAUUAACUCGGUAGAUAAAGUUCGCAAAUGGGAAAAAAAAUGGAUUGUUGUCAAGGAUACGCAGAUCAAAUUGUUCCGAUGGGUGCCAGUAACAGCUACAGCAAAUAUUACGAAAAUGCCAGUGAAAUCUUUAGUUCAGGAUCAAGAUGAUAGUAUAAUUCCAUCAUCAGAAAAUACUCGUGACUCAUCUGCUUUAGAGAGCGGCGAUGUGGUACGAGUUCGAGCUUUUAGCAGUUUAAAUGAUGAUUCUAACACUGGUUUUUCUGAGGGAGGAUUUGAUAGUGAUUCUAACCAAACAUUUGAUGCAGUAAGUUACCGAGGUCAAAGCAGUAUCUGUAGUACAACGAAAGGAUCAACAGAUUUCAGCGAAAUGAGACAGCAGGAGCAACAGUCAUCCGAGAUCAAAGCAUGA